AUGUCGAAUUACAUUGCGUCGUUUAAAUAUGUCCCCGUUCUCCUGUUCCGCCUCAAUGCUGGCGCGAGCAUCAAGCUUCGAGAAUAUUCAGUUCGGAGAAGCCAAAGCUUCGAUGUCUUCUCGGAAGCCGGAAUGGUUCUGCCGAAGGCUUUGGAUCCCGUGACCUAUCAAGCCCCCAAUGGAGCUUCCAUGCGGCCCCUCGGCGACCUGCAGACGAAGCUGGUAAAAGACUUCAAGGGGUCCAAUGUGGUCGUCUACGCGAUUCCUGAGGGCACCAUAUUGCCCGACGACCUGAUCCUGGUCCACGAGCAUACCGACCAUUAUUCGCUCCAGCCGGCGGUCGAAAUGCAACUAAAAGAUCUCGGCAAGAAGAUUACGCGAUUCCUCGAGACGAACGCAACGGUGUAUAGCAAGAAGCAGUGGCUCGAGGCCUUCAAGACUGGCCAAGAGUAUGAUUCUUCUGCCGGACCAUCCACUUCCUCUAGCCAACCCGCCUUGAACCAGCCUGAAUGGAUUUGGAGCGAACAGUACAAAAGAUACUACUCUUUCGACGAGAACGGGGAGUACAUUUGGCAAAUCGAAACGAAGGAUACCGAGGCCAGCUCCUCGUCUAAAAAGCACAAGAAGCGUUGA